GGUGGAUGGAGCCGGGCGGGAGCGCGCGCGGGGGAGGGGCGGCGGGUCAGUCUCCGCUGGGCGCUCCGGGGAUCAGCUGGCGGGCGGGCGGGCGCCUAACGCGGCCCCGGCUCUCGCUGCAGCGCCGCCUCCUCUCCGCGUCGCAGGCCGGCCCCGCGGCGGUGACAAUGUUGCAGGACUGGUAGCUGGGCGCCAGCCGCCGAGCCUUCUCAAGUUUAAACUUACGCGAAUCGCUCUCUUGAGGAGGAGGGGACCGCGGCGCGAUUGACACGCAUAUUCCUAUUGGCAUCCUCCCUCAGCCCCCACCCCCACGGCCGGAUUCGGGUGGCUCCUCUCCGAGCUGAAAUCCGAGAAGAAAUCCUUGGAUCUCUUGUUUUCUUAGAAAAAAAAAAAAAAUCCAGAAACCUUCGGUAUUUUGCUUUACUGCUUCCUAUUCUCAAGAUGAAGAAGUUUUUCGACUCCCGGCGAGAGCAGGGCGGCUCUGGCCUGGGCUCUGGCUCCAGCGGAGGUGGGGGCAGCACCUCGGGCCUGGGCAGUGGCUACAUCGGAAGGGUCUUUGGCAUUGGGCGACAGCAGGUCACUGUGGACGAGGUGUUGGCGGAAGGUGGAUUUGCUAUCGUGUUUCUGGUGAGGACAAGCAAUGGAAUGAAAUGUGCCUUGAAACGCAUGUUUGUCAACAAUGAGCAUGAUCUCCAGGUGUGCAAGAGAGAAAUCCAGAUAAUGAGAGACCUGUCGGGGCACAAGAACAUUGUGGGCUACAUUGACUCCAGUAUCAACAACGUGAGCAGUGGUGAUGUAUGGGAAGUGCUCAUUCUGAUGGACUUCUGUAGGGGAGGCCAGGUGGUCAACUUAAUGAAUCAGCGCCUGCAGACAGGUUUUACAGAGAAUGAAGUGCUCCAGAUAUUUUGUGACACCUGUGAAGCCGUUGCCCGCCUGCACCAGUGCAAAACUCCUAUUAUCCACCGUGACCUGAAGGUUGAAAAUAUCCUCUUGCAUGACCGAGGCCACUACGUCCUGUGUGACUUUGGAAGCGCCACCAACAAAUUUCAGAAUCCACAAACUGAGGGAGUCAAUGCAGUAGAAGAUGAGAUUAAGAAAUACACAACGCUGUCCUAUCGAGCACCAGAAAUGGUCAACCUGUACAGUGGCAAAAUCAUCACUACGAAGGCAGACAUUUGGGCUCUUGGAUGUUUGUUGUAUAAAUUAUGCUACUUCACUUUGCCAUUUGGAGAGAGUCAGGUGGCAAUUUGUGACGGAAACUUCACAAUUCCUGAUAACUCUCGAUAUUCCCAAGACAUGCACUGCCUAAUUAGGUAUAUGUUGGAACCAGACCCUGACAAAAGGCCAGAUAUUUACCAGGUGUCCUACUUCUCAUUCAAACUACUCAAGAAAGAAUGCCCAAUUCCUAAUGUACAGAACUCUCCCAUUCCUGCAAAGCUUCCUGAACCAGUGAAAGCCAGUGAGGCAGCUGCAAAAAAGACCCAGCCAAAGGCCAGACUGACAGAUCCCAUUCCCACAACAGAGACUUCAAUUGCACCACGUCAGAGGCCUAAGGCUGGGCAGACUCAGCCAAACCCAGGAAUCCUUCCCAUCCAGCCAGCUUUGACACCUCGAAAGAGGGCCACAGUUCAGCCCCUGCCCCAGGUUGCAGGAUCCAGCAAUCAGUCUGGCCUUUUAGCCAGUGUUCCCCAACCCAAAACCCAGCCCCAACCCAGCCAGCCUCUACCGCAGUCUCAGCCCAAGCAGCCACAGGCUCCACCCACCCCACAGCAGACGCCUCCCACUCCAGCCCAGGCUCUGCCCACUCCAGCCCAGGCCACCCCCCAGCACCAGCAGCAACUCUUCCUCAAGCAGCAACAGCAGCCACAGCCACAGCAGCAGCAGCCACCGCCAUCUUCCCAGCAGCCUGCAGGCACGUUUUACCAGCAGCAGCAGCAGCAGCAGCAGGCUCAGCAGGCUCAACAGUUUCAGGCAGUACACCCAGCAGCCCAGCAACCAGCAAUUGCCCAGUUCCCUGUGGUGUCCCAAGGAGGCUCUCAACAGCAGCUGAUACAGAACUUCUACCAGCAACAACAGCAGCAGCAGCAGCAGCAGCAGCAGCAGCAGCAGCUGGCCACGACCCUGCAUCAGCAGCAGCUGCUGACUCAGCAGGCCGCCCUGCAGCAGAAGAGUGCUGUGGCAGCAGCACAGCAGCCCCAGACACAGCCGGCCGCAGCCCCACAGCCACCACCGGCCCAGGAGCCAGCGCAGAUUCAAGCCCCAGUAAGACAACAGCCAAAGGUUCAAACAACCCCACCUCCUGCCGUCCAGGGACAGAAACUCGGAUCUCUCACUCCUCCAUCAUCCCCCAAGACCCAGCGUGCUGGGCACAGGCGGAUUCUCAGUGACGUAACCCAUAGUGCGGUCUUCGGGGUCCCUGCCAGCAAAUCAACCCAGCUGCUCCAGGCAGCUGCAGCUGAGGCCAGCCUCAAUAAGUCCAAGGGUGGGAACCUACCUAGGUCUGCAACCACCACUCCAUCAGGCUCUCCUCGGACCUCCCAGCAAAAUGUUUAUAAUGCUUCAGAAGGUUCUACGUGGAAUCCCUUCGAUGACGACAAUUUCUCCAAACUCACCGCUGAAGAACUACUGAACAAGGACUUUGCCAAGCUGGGGGAAGGCAAACAUCCUGAGAAGCUUGGAGGCUCAGCUGAGAGUUUGAUCCCAGGCUUUCAACCAACUCAAGGUGAUGCCUUUGCCACUCCCUCAUUUUCUGCUGGAACAGCUGAAAAAAGGAAGGGUGGGCAGACUGUGGACUCUAGCCUCCCACUUCUAAGUGUAUCUGAUCCUUUUAUCCCUCUUCAAGUACCUGAUGCACCAGAAAAACUAAUUGAGGGACUCAAAUCUCCUGACACUUCUCUCCUGCUCCCUGACCUCUUGCCUAUGACAGACCCUUUUGGUAGCACUUCCGAUGCUGUAAUUGAAAAAGCCGAUGUUGCUGUUGAGAGUCUCAUACCGGGACUGGAGCCCCCAGUACCCCAGCGCCUUCCAUCCCAGACGGAAUCUGUGACCUCGAACCGCACAGAUUCUCUCACCGGGGAAGAUUCCCUGAUUGAUUGCUCCUUGCUUUCUAACCCUACUACUGACCUGCUGGAAGAGUUUGCCCCCAUAGCGAUAUCCGCUCCAGCCCAUAAAGCUGCAGAAGAUAGUAAUCUCAUCUCAGGUUUUGAUGUCCCUGAGGGCUCGGACAAGGUGGCAGAAGAUGAGUUUGACCCUAUUCCUGUAUUGAUAACCAAAAACCCACAAGGUGGGCACUCUAGAAACAGCAGUGGGAGCUCUGAGUCCAGUCUUCCCAACCUAGCCAGGUCUUUACUGCUGGUGGAUCAGCUCAUAGACCUGUAGCCGUGACCCAGUAGCAGAUGCAGUUCUGUAACCUUCAUACCGUAAUAUACAUUUUCAUUACGGAGUUAUAAGAAAAAUGAUUUUUUUAAAAAUCUGCUAAUAAGGGGCCCUCCAGCCCUUAUCUCCUACCCCUUGCCUUCUCCUGUAGAAAUGAUAAGGAAAGAAAAUCUCUUUGGCCCUCCAGAUAUUCCUUGGCCAGUUCCUCCCUGUUAGUUUGCUGUGUUUUCUCAUUACCCCUCUUCAAUAGCAUUAUCUUAAAUCAAGCGCUAGAUGCCAUGAGCUUCACCUCUGCUGGAAUCAACUCCACCAAAAGCUUAACUGUAACUGAAACUAGUGAACUGACACCUUUGUCUCAUUCUUGCUAGGAAUGGCCUCCCACACCAGUCCUCCCAACCCCUGUCUCCUUUGGCCAGAUGCUGAUGAAUGUGUUUCUCUGUUUUUGCUUUUUACGCUGCUGCAUUAUCAUGAGGACAUGGCUUCUUCAGUUGGUCUUAACUCUAGGCAGUAGCCUGGAGAUGAGUGUGUGAUUUAAGAGAGGGUAAAACUGACUGACGGAUGGGAUAUGUUUGAAAAGAGAAAUUGAGCCCAGCUCUAGCCAACCAGCUUUGACCUUGUUUGAUCAUAGACUUAGCCAAGGGAUUUUACACCCCAUGCAACCUGCCCAGCAUUCAUCCAGCAUUCUGGCUUCCAUUGAACCGUGAUUUCUCAGAUCUGGAGACGUGACUGCAAGUACUUGAGAUCCUUGGAUAAAAUGUGUACAUUAUAUAAAACCCAAGUAUUGCCAUUCCUUUUCAUGUUAACUGUCCCAAGCCGGGAUCUCAGAAUUAGACCAAAACAAGACAAUGGUGGUAAUAUGAUACCUUUUAUUAGAAGACUUUUCACUGGGGGGUGGAUGGGGGAGGGGAAGGAAUUGUAGCAGAAACAGAUGUAUUUUUCUUGUGAUUUUUAUUUUGAAUCAAAUAUUGUAAAUUGUGUAUAAAUGAAGACGCUGAAUAGUUCUGUUUCCACUUGGCGUUUCAAGUCUGAUAUCAGGUGUCUGUACAGGGUUUUGACCUCUUUCCCUUGUAUAACUACACAGCAAUCCUACAGUGUAACAUAUGGAAUCAUUUUGAGUAGACUUGUGUGUUGCUUUAAGCUUUCAGCAGGUCCUCUGUCUUUGUAGAAUAAGCAUGUUGUUUAUUUUCAGAUAAUCAGAAAUAAGUGUGCCUACAAGCUGGGCACAAUUUGACUCUGGCUACUUACCUUUCUUUCUCUCUGAUGUUGGAACUGAAGGAUGCAGCCAAUGAAAUAUGUUCAGUUGGUUUUCCUUGGCUUCCUAGAUUAAAAAACAAAACAAAGCGUAGUUCCUCACUAACCUUAGAAUAUUGUUCAUAAAAUAAAUAAAGGACCCUGCACUGACAUGACAACAUGCCUCAUGGUCACCCUCUGUAUAUGUACUUACUCAUUGAAGUGUAUCUUUUUUUCCUUACAUAGAAAGCAAUUUUAUAAAAUUGCCCUUUUGAAAAAGAGGUGGGCACAGAGCAACCCGCUGUGGUUCUCUUCCUCGAGUGCCGUUUUCCAUGAUCAGAAGGGAAACUCUUAGUUGAUCAGAUUUGUACAAAUAAAAUUCCAAGCCCACUUGCCUGUUUCUCUAUCUAGUACUUUUGUUUCUCCUUCCUCACGUUUGCACUUUAUUGUGGUGGGGGGGGGAGGGGGGAGGGAGUUGAGCAGCAACAACAGCCUGCAAAACACUGCACUUUAGAGGUCAAGCUUUGACCCCAGAAAUGUGAGAGCAGCCUUUGAAGGGCAGCGGAGGAAAAGUCUGAAUCUUUUCAGUCUUCCUCCUGACUUUAAAUACUUCCUGUGCCAGCUGAAACUAGAUGAGCUAAGUAAAGCCCUCUAUUAGGAUAAUGGAUCAUUUCCAAAAUUGAGGGAGGCACCACCUUCCUGCUGAAGAUAAAAAAAAAAAAAAAAGAUAUCCUUGAAGAGCUCUCCAUGAUUGGAUAGCAGUGAAAAUGGGACUCGGUUUGCACCUUUGUGGACAGGAAUAUUACUGAAGAUCAAAACUGUAUUCUUUUUCCUGGACAUAGAAAGAAUGUAUAAUCUAAUGAAGGAAAUGUUUAUUUUUAAAUAAGAACAAUGUUUUAUGCCUAUGUUUUCCAAUUUGAUUUUUUUCAUACAUAUACAUGUUAGAAAUAUAAUGAAAUAUCUAGUUUCUCAAUUUAAUUGAAACCAUGAAGAGUACAGUUUAGAAAUUAGGUAUCUCUAAAUUGUUCCUUUCAUGUAUUACCCGUAAUCACAUUGAGAUAUAUUAUCUAGUCAUCUGGCUCAAUAAAGCUUAAUGGAGACUGUUAAUGAAAAUGAACAGACUAGCAGCCAGAGACUGGAUGGAGGAAGUCUGAGGGAGAUAAUGACAUGAAAUCAUCUUGGGUUUGUUCUUUAGGAAUGGGGCCUCAUAGAGAAGAACUAUUUUUCUGCUAAGGUAUCCAUGUGAGUGACUCAGCAAAUGGGACCUCCCUUAGUUUAUAGCUUCAUCCCUAAGCUAAAAGGGUUUAUUUGAUAUGAGUGAGGUAUGCUGAUAACUGGUAGACAUACGAACUCCACAAGAGGGAUCGGAGAGACCAGUCUCUAGUCCAUCCACUUCAUUUCACAUGGAACUGGAGGCCGGGCCAGCUGAAGAGGCCUGGGCAGGACAGGCCAGGUCACCUGGGAUCUCUCCCUGACCUUUUCCGGUCACUGGCCAAGCAGCCUUCAGCAGGCUCUUCACUUCUAAGAGCUAUUGUUCCUUUUUUAUACAAUGAUGGGUUUGGACUAGAUGGUCUUUAAGCUUAUGGAAUUCUAGACUUCUACGUACAUACUGUUAUGCUUUGGAAGGACUAUGAAGGAUUUGUAUAAUCUGGAUGUUCUUCAGUUACCUUCUGUAGUUCUUACUGUUACUGUAGCAGUAUUUACAUUUUAGAGAAUUAUAAUGGACUUUUUACUAACUUGGGUUGCUCUUUCUUGGUUAACUGAAUAGAAGCCUGCAUUACUGGACAGUUUGGGACAUAGAUUCUUUUUUUUAAUAUUACUCACACACCCCUACCUAUUCCAACAAAACAGUGUCAGAAGAUUUCAAUUCUUUUAAAACAUAAAAUCAGUGAUCUGACACUUAAAAAUGGGCAGAUACUAUAAGCAUAUGUUUCUGAUUUGCUUUAAUCCAACUGUGUAAGAGUAGUAACUAUACCAGAACACAUAACAAAUUGUUGGCGUUUUUUUUUUUUUUCUUUAAAGCAUUCAAAUAACUAGAUCACCAAAUUCAGGUCCCAGUGUUUCUAAAAACACGGGACUCGGAGGAGAUAAGGUUUAAAUAGACACUUCUAACUAUGAUCAUAAUUAAUGACUUCUUUAGCAGACAUACCAGAAUUUUGACAGCUAAUUGAGUGUUGUUCCAUUCAAAGGCAUCUGGUUUUACUUGGGAAGCUAAUACUUACUCUAAUGAUGCUGCCAUCAUUUAAGUUAUUUUUGAAACUCCUCUCUUUAGAAAUACCAUCAAGGAAGGUAAUAAGGUAUAGGAAAAUCAGUUGAAUUAUUAUCCAUUUAGUAUUGCUUUCAGCAUCUGGAAGCAUCUCUUUCUUGAUCUUUUUCCAUGACUCCUGGUUUAGGGUAACAUUUAGCAAAAUCACCCACCCACCUCCGAUGAAAUGUGGUUACUAUUAAAGACAGUAAAAGGAAUAAUCCACAGAAAAUUCCCAGAGAGGAGCUUAUAAUGGAAAGCGACAACUAUCAUUCUUAAUUUCCUUGAUCCUCUGAAUAAGGGAACUUCCAUAAUUUCACCUGUCUUUAGUAGUUUAGAAAAUGGAAAGAUGUGGAUUUUAAAAUACCUCCGAAAGAGGUUGUCACUUUGUUCAGUGUCAUUUGAUACUGGACUUGGCUCUUUCUGAAGUAGAAUUAUAGAACUUGGAUUGCUAAUAAUUACAGGGAAACAAACUCGAGAAAAAUUUUCUCAAGAUGAAAUCAUUAGUUUUGUUUAUAAUACUCUUUUCCUGCUCUGCUGACAGGUAAUUGAUCAUUUUGAUUCGAACUAACAGUUUUCCCCAAGUCAGGAACAGUCUGCCUUCAGCAAUUGUAUGGGAAGGGGAGGACCUUCUGGGUUGACCUCAGCCCAGAAGUAUGGAGGGAUCUGAGUUCACCUGAAUAAAUGCACACUAUAGGUAUCUUGGGCCAAAGUAAAGUCUCCCAUGAUGAUGUUUGUCUAAAUUUCCAGGAGUCUUUAACAUUCUCUGACUGUAAGAUUACCAGGCUCGUGUAGCCACUAACUUAGUUUGGGGACAAAAAUGAUAGGAUUGCCCAAAGUACUGAAUUAAGUGAAUUAGAGGCUGCCGGGCAGAACAGAGAUACUAGCAGAGGGAUAUUUAAAAUGAAAUCUUUACUGAAACACUCCAGAUAAUAUAAAACUGUCUUUUAUUCCUCUCUAGAGACUAUAAUUUUACCAACACAAAGUUAGUCUUUUCAUUUUCCACCCUAGUCAUGUUCCUGAAGUUGGAUGUACUUGGGUUUCUUGAGUCAAAAUGAAUCCCAGAUGGCCUCCAUUUCAAAUAAUCUGUAACAAGAUACUACUUUGUUUAUCCCGGGUUUCCUUUCACCAAGGUGGAGGAAGGAGUUUCUUUGGGUAAUGCUAACUUAUGCAGAGUUGCCAAAUGGUGGUAGUUGCUUGAAUGGAAGACACUUCCUUGGUUCCCACUUUGAUGGUAGUAUCCUGACCUUACUCUUCUUCCUGUGAGUAUUCUGCUCUACCCUAUUGCACCUCCCCCCCCUCCCCCUGCCUUAUCACAUGGUUGUAUAUUUACCACAGGUCUUUAUCAUGUCCUCCUUAAGAAGACAAAGCAAACAGGUACACGAAGCUACCUUGUACAGUAAAAAUAUGAAAUUUAAACACUGCUACGCAAAUAUUGUAUAAAAAAAGUCUGUAAACAAUUUAUUAUGUAAACAUACAGGGGAAUAAAGACUUAUCUGUUCAACCAGGAGCCUGAUGUUCACAGAUGUAAAUAACUUAAAAUAGCUGCUGUUUUCCUAAUCUGAAAACCUACUUUUGCACAAAGGAUUUAAACCCAUUGUUGAGUGGCAGUAAGUAGCUGUGCACAAGGAAAGUGCGGACACCUGCUGAGGACAUUUUAAUGAGUCAUGGCUACCAUGGAGUCAGGGAGAAUAAAACCCUCGUGAGCCUGCAUUUGAUAUGACGAGAUGCGGGUUUGAAAACGGAGCACAGAUUUGCAGCUAUCCUCCUCUAAUUUAAUCUUUAAUAUACCCAGGCCAGUUUAAUUAAACAUUUUAUGUUGGCAACAGCAGCUUUAUGCCCAGGGAGAAAUCUCAUUUAAUUGCUCCACUGGCUUGAGAGGCACGGCAUCACUGGCCCAUGCUGGCUCCCAUCAAAUCCCUAUUCCCCAGUCAUGGGUCUUAAUGCCACUGCACAACAUAUGGUAGAACCCUUAAUUUUAUUAUCGAAGCUAAAAGGUCGUGGAAAUUAUUAAUUUGAUGUACACCUCUUGAUUCCCUGAUUUGGCUCCAAGAGUGUGACUUUCAAUUGGCGCUGCAUUUCUGACGUUCUUAUGAAGGGAUAUUUUGCUUUCUAUUUGCUAAAUGUAUGAGAAGGUUUCUCAGUACUCCCCAAGUCUUCAUUCUUCCAUUUUUAGCAAGAAUUAGGUCUUUGAUACUCCCUGUACCUGUUAUUUCAGUUUGUAGUAUGGAGGAAAGAAAAAUUCUGGAUUGUGUGUGAUAUAUUGCACUAAAGAGUAUCCAGCCUAAAAUUUAAGUCUUCAGAUUUUGAUUUUUUUGAAAGCACUCUGAUGACCCUCUCACUAUGUUCAUCAGAUAAAAUUCCGAGGGUAAACGUACCCCAAAUCACUCAACACUGAUGGUUGCUUUGGAAGUUAAUAGGCAGUUAGUGAGGAGAGUUGCUAAGUCAUCAGAUACUUUUGGGGACUUCUUUCCUACUCUGUCAAGCAUAUGAACUCUUAGGGAAAUCUAUACAAUUUGGAGCCUCAAAAUAGACUAAAAUGGCAUUAUCCCUGAUAGAAGUUUCAAAAAGUGUGCUUAGCCUUAACUUUGCACACAGCCCUACAUGAGAGCAAGAAAAAGAAGCGUGUCUUGCCUUCUUGCUUAAUUUAACACACAAAACCACAGUGAAAAGAGACAUAACACAGUUUGAGGGAAUGAGAACAAAAUGCCCUACUUUAGGCUUUAUGAUAUGAAAGACCCUUGAGCAGACUGUAGGACCAUGUCCUGGAUUUAAGCCCUCCGCCCCUCAGGGACAACGGGCUAACUUCAUUGAGCUCUGUGGUCAUGGGGCAUCUGCUAUGCGUGGUUGGUUACCAGAGGAACGGGGCCAAGACAUGAGGUUAAAUUAGUGCAAAUCCUUCAUUGCUAGUAGCCAGACCUCUGCAAACAUGUUUUCCUAAUAGUGCAAGGCCAUCCUCAUCUACAAGGACUGUUCACCUUGAAAACAUGUGCUUUCCCUACCCCACUAGAACACACUCAUAUUCCAGAAAGAACCUGUAACUGCCAACAAGACUUAAUGUCCAUCUUCUGCUCACAGUUAUUUAGAACCUCUCCUUCUCUUGACCAUUUUGUUUCUUGCGCUGAGAGAGCGUGGAUAUCUGUGCAUCCCCAAACCCACCGGCAUUCUUUGGUCUCCAGAAUGCCCGGCUUGGAGAGCUGCAAAGGGUAGUUGCUCUCUGCUGUAGUCACACCACACCUUCUCUAAAAAAGAAUGAAGAGGUUAAGAGACUUGGCCUUCUCAAGAAAAUCCUUUAAAUUAGUUUUCCAACCCUAGAAGGCAGAAGAAUGCUGAAAAAUAGAAAUGGAUCUGGCCUUGUUUUGAAGAACAGGAAGUAAGUUUUCCCUGCAAACUCAAUGUUAUAGGGGUUUUGUGACUGUGCUUGUGAAUUUUUAAAAGUUCUUGAAGUUUUAGGUGUAGUUUUCCUAUUACCAUCAAAAUCCUAGAAUAUGCUAGUGUGCCAGGUUUCCAGUCGACCAAGAACCCACUUUUUAAGUAAUCUAGAAAGGUUAAGCAUGUUCUUCCAUCCCGUCCAGCUCUGGAUGUGGGCAUCUCUACUUGGUACCUGAUAGUUCUUGAAAUGUAAUCUAAGACCGCAGGCAUCCGAAGUGCCCCUGGUUCUAUAGGUAGCUGCUUUUUGGCAUUCUCUACACACAAACUGAUCUGACUGAAUUCAAUUUAAAUUUCCCCAAAACACCAACUCCUGUCAAACUGUUCAGUUUUCAUUAUUGAUGGCUAUGAUGCCAUUAUUAGCUUGACCAUGCAAGAAAGAAGGUGUUCCGUUUACUUCCUGUCAGCUGACUAAUGCUUUCAAGUCACCUUGUAGGUACACAUACUAAAGCUGUCGCUCAAAGAAAAAACUUAUCCUCUUCAAAAUCAUAUUCUUCAAACACUACUCAGAAAGCCAUUUGGCACCAGUACAGAAUUUUACUUAAAGAUUCUAAUCAGGAAUUCACUGAAUGCAUUUGAACUCUUAGAAAAUGAGGGGGGCACCCACCUUUUUUUUCUUUCUGAAAACGGUAUUUAAGGUCAGAGCUGUUUAAAAAGAAGCACUGCUAAAAAGUUAAUAGAAUUCCGAGAAACGAGUAUUUUUGUACCGUAUCUUCUAAAAUGUUCCAAUCUCUCUCUACAUCUCUUUGCAUACAAUGUAAUGCCUCUAAGUGACUGGUUUCCCAAUAAACUGAUUUUGAUGCCGCU